AUGGCGCAACAAGACUCCUCCGGGCCACCGUCUUCGAGCGGUGCGCCGGCGCAACCCCCCUCGAAAUCGGACACAGCUACCCCCAAGCUGAAUAACGAGGUGGAACUCGGCGACAUGCCAGACAAUUCCGCGCAGACCGAUAUUAUGCAGAUGGCACGACUAGGAGAUAUGGUUGGCAUGGAGAAACUCUUCGAGACGGGCGACUACGAUGCGACCUACACCGACGACGAGGGCAUCACCCCGUUGCAUUGGGCAGCGAUCAACAACCAAUACGCCAUGUGCAAAUUCCUGAUCGAACGCGGCGCACCCAUCAACAAAAAAGGCGGCGAGAGCAUCGCAACGCCCCUCCAAUGGGCCGCCCAACGCUGCCAUUACUACACCGUCCACCUCCUCCUCCAACACGGUGCCGAUCCACUCAUCACCGAUGCCCAAGGCUACAAUACCCUCCACAUCAGCACCUUCAACGGCAACCUCCUCCUAAUCCUCCUCCUUCUCCACCAAGGAAUCCCCGUCGACGUCGAAGACUCAUACGGCCACACAGGUCUCAUGUGGGCAGCAUACAAAGGCUUUCCCGCAUGCGUGGACGCUUUCCUGCGCUGGGGUGCCAGCGUGCACGCGAAGGAUGAACAAGGGUUCACGGCGCUGCACUGGGCGUUAGUGAAGGGCAGUGCGGGGUGCAUCCAGAAAAUUAUCGAGUACGGCGCGGACCGGUUCGCGAAGACAACGACAGGCAAGACGCCCUCUAUCACGGCGCGCGAACUCAACACGGCUGCUGCGUGGCAUAAGGCGUUGUACGAGUGCGGGUAUGACGAGGAGGGCAACGCUAUUGUGCCGAGUUGGCCCGGGGCAGGGUAUUUGCUCCAGGACCGGAGGGCGUUUACGACGAAAUUCUUCUUCUUGUGGCCAUUUUUGCUGGUCUGGGGGACGCUGGUGUUGUUUGCAGGAUUGCCGGUCUAUGCGGGCGUUCCGUUUGGGUUUUUGGCUGCGUACACUGUGCAAUGGCCUUGGAUGGCCGGUAUCUUUGCGUCCUCCUUGACGCUGGUAGGCGUAAACUGGCUGUUCACCAUUUUCCCAGGCACCAGUUUCGGUGACGAAGGAACAUGGCUGUGGAACUUUGUCUUCGCGGUAGCCUUCGCUCUCACCGGAUUCUUCUACACCCGUGCCAUGGUGGACGACCCCGGGUUCGUCCCGAAACUGAACGGCAUCGCUGAGCAAAAGGCCGUUAUCGACGACCUCAUCAAGGAGUGGAAGUAUGACGAGUCGCACUUCUGCGUAACGUGUAUGAUCCGUACGCCGCUGCGUAGCAAGCAUUGCCGCCGGUGCCAGCGUUGCGUCGCGAAGCAUGAUCACCACUGCCCGUGGGUCAACAACUGUGUGGGUAUCAACAACCAUCGCCACUUCUUCAUUUACCUCAUCAACCUGACCAUUGGCGUGCUUGCCUACGAUGUGCUUACCUACCGCUAUUUCACCGCCCUCACACCGAAUGCGUCUGAGGAAUGCAACGUCUUGUCCCCAUCCCUCUGCCGCAUCAUCAAUGCCGAUUCCUACAGCCUCCUCCUCUCCGUCUGGGCCUCACUCCAACUCACCUGGGUCUCUAUGCUCCUCUUCGUACAAUUCAUCCAAGUAUCCCGUGCCAUGACGACGUACGAGAACAUGUUUGGCGUCAACACCCGCUCCGCGGCCUCGCUCGCGUCCGCUUUCACAUCCACCGGCGCCCCGCUCGACCCGGCUUCCGCCGCCCCACCAACAGGUGCGGAUGUCGGACCCCAUGGCCCAGCUGGCCGACACGGCCACCGACACGGUGGGCUGCUGAAGCACUGGGGCAGGUUGCUCGGUGUGGACACGUUUAUUGAGACAGCGCGCGGCCGGGGCGCUGCGGCUGGGGCGGCUGGGAAGAAACGGGGCGCGAACCGGAAUCCGUUCAGUAAGGGGUGUCUGGCGAAUUGUAAGGAUUUCUGGUGUGAUCCGGCGCCGGUGUUUGGGAAGCGGGAGACGGGCGCGGCCGUGUUGGGGGGUGUACCGGUGAAUUACACGGAGAUGUAUGAGAGUCCCGCGGUUAUGGAGGUGCUGAGGGGUGGGGGUGCGAGGAGAGCUGGGGGGUAUGAGGCUGUUUCUGGUGAGGAGGUGUAA